GGCCGCCUCCUUCCUGGUGCCGGCGCGGGGGCGGCGGCGCGGCGCGGCCGGGGCAGCGGAGGGCCCGGGCGCCUCCCACGGCUCCUCAUGGCCGGGAACUUCUGGCAGAGCUCGCACUAUUUACAAUGGAUUUUGGAUAAACAAGAUCUACUGAAGGAGCGCCAAAAAGACUUGAAAUUUCUGUCUGAAGAAGAAUAUUGGAAGCUACAGAUAUUUUUUACUAAUGUCACCACUCCAUGGACUUUCAUACUGACUGUGGCUUGUAGUGGUAACACCACAUCUUGUCACCAGUAAUGAUGCAAUCCAAGAAGUGGUAGCCCUCGGCCUCAUAUUGAUUCAUUAUCCAGGCUUUAGGUGAACAUCUUAAAUUAAGACAACAAGUUAUUGCCACUGCUACAGUCUACUUCAAGAGAUUCUAUGCCAGAUAUUCCCUAAAAAGUAUAGAUCCAGUAUUAAUGGCUCCUACGUGUGUGUUUUUGGCAUCCAAAGUAGAGGAGUUUGGUGUUGUUUCAAAUACAAGGUUGAUUUCUGCUGCUACUUCUGUAUUGAAAACUAGGUUUUCAUAUGCCUUCCCGAAGGAGUUUCCUUAUAGGAUGAACCAUAUACUAGAAUGUGAAUUCUAUCUCUUAGAAUUAAUGGACUGCUGUUUGAUAGUGUAUCAUCCUUAUAGACCUUUGCUCCAAUAUGUGCAAGAUAUGGGCCAAGAAGACAUGCUGCUACCUCUUGCUUGGAGGAUAGUGAAUGACACAUAUAGAACUGAUCUUUGUCUGCUGUACCCUCCUUUCAUGAUAGCUCUAGCUUGCCUACACGUGGCCUGUGUUGUCCAGCAGAAGGAUGCAAGGCAAUGGUUUGCUGAGCUAUCUGUUGAUAUGGAAAAGAUUUUAGAAAUAAUCAGGGUUAUUCUGAAGCUGUAUGAGCAGUGGAAGAACUUUGAUGAGAGGAAAGAGAUGGCUACUAUUCUUAGCAAAAUGCCUAAACCAAAACCACCUCCAAACAGUGAAGGAGAACAGGGUCCAAAUGGUAGCCAGAACUCUAGUUAUAGCCAAUCUUAAGACAUUCCAAAGAAUUUCUUUACGGACCACUUUGACUCAAGACAUCCUGGGAUCUUUCCUGUGUUCAUGAAAUGGACGGAAUUUUUUUAAUAACAUCUUUGACAAAGAACUUAAAGAGUAAAUAGCUUGUUUGUGUCAAGCAUUUUGGAAGUUUUUUCUUUAAAACUGCAUCAUUUUCUCUGAGGCUGGAGCAAACGUACUAAGAUUUCUCAGUGUAAGGAAUCAAAUGUUAAACCAAACUGCAAAAGGGUAACGCUAUCCACUCAAAACAAAUAGUUCAUUACUGGUUUGGUUUGCUUUGGGAAAAUUGUGGCUUGCCAUUAAAAGUGAUUUUUUUUUUUUUUAAAGAGUAAUCUUGAAGCCUAAGUGUAACUAUAUUAAUGACCUGUGUUGUCUUCAUUUUGUUUGUGACUGAAGGAGGAUAGUGCACUGUGUGUUAAACCUAUUAAUUACCUAGAGUUUUGGUGAUUUAUUUUUUUCUAAUGCAUCUGGAUUUUCUAACAAGUGAAACGGUCCUUCAGGAGCAAAGCAUAGAAGAAUCUGCAAAGAAUGGUGUUAGAGUUUUCAUGAAAACUGCAGGGAAGAAAUUCAGUUCAUUUUCGGGGGUUAGAAAAAUGCUCGUUUUACUCAGUAGAUGUACUUGGAUGUUUUUGCCUUGAAGCCUAGAAGCCCAACUUACCAGAAAAGUGCAAUAUGUAUAGUGAUUCUGCAGUUUUCCUAAGCAUUUCAAACAUUUGGAAUUUAAAAAACAAAACACCAACAAUGAUUUUUUUUUGCAUGUACUGUGUAGUACAAUUGGAGUAUUUCACAAAUACAAAUUGGUAUUCUUUUGUUUUUUUUUCCUUUGUACAAAAGAUAUACACUGUUAGUCUGCCUUCACUGUUAGUGUGAAUUUGUGUGGCUCGUUAAAGAGGUUAUUUAAGAGGAUCGAGCUUUUGGUGAGCUUCAUACUGGCUAAUUUUAAUUGUGAUCUUAGAAGCAACUCUUCAGAAUAACUGAAAUGGGAUUCCUUGGUUGACUGUGUGCUGGAGAAAAUGAGAUUCCUUCAAAUAGAAGGCCAUAUCCUGUGUUCCUUACUCAGGCAGAUAUCCCACUGAAGUCAGGAAUUGGCCUAAAUCAAAUGUAAUGAUUUUUAGUUAACUUUUUUUUUUCUAAAUAAUUUCUGUACAACUUCAUUUUGAAUAAGAAUGCUGACUUGCCCAAGUAUAAAAAUUCAACAAUAAACUCAAGUGAAGUAC